AUGCGUUUUUGGGAGAAGAGACGCUGCAGCCGGAUCCCACAUCUGCUGGCUGUGGCUAGCCUGAUGCUGUUUGGCAUGGCGGUGUUGAAAUACACCACGUGGGAAUGUGAGCUGCGUGACCUGGGCAAAGAUGCCACAGACCCCAGGAGCCAACUCUGCAAGGACCAGCUCUACCAGUCGGUGAGGCUCCCUCCCAAGGACGCCAUCAUCAGCUGCUCGCAGAUCAGCAGGGGGGACAUGGAAGCCACGCAUGAAGCUCUGCUGCGCCGGCUGCAGCGUAAGAACAAGAGAGAGCCUUUGGGCGAGCAGGACUAUCUGAACAUGACCAAGGACUGUGGAGCCUUCAAAGCAAGCCGGAGGUUCCUUGAAUUCCCCCUGAGCCAGGAGGAGGAGGAGUUCCCCAUCGCUUAUUCCAUGGUGGUCCAUGACAAGAUCGAGAUGUUUGAAAGGCUGCUGCGGUCCAUCUAUGCCCCCCAGAAUGUCUAUUGUGUCCACAUGGAUGCAAAGGCUCCGGAACCUUUCAAGGAGGCCGUCCGGGCCAUCGUGUCCUGCUUUAAGAAUGUCUUUGUGGCAACUAAACUGGAGCGUGUGGUGUAUGCCUCUUGGUCCCGGGUCCAAGCCGAUUUGAACUGUAUGGAAGACCUUCUGCAGAGCAAGAUACAUUGGAGGUACCUACUCAAUACCUGUGGGACUGACUUCCCUAUCAAGACCAACGCAGAGAUUGUCCGAGCUCUGAAACUAUUGAAUGGGAAGAACAAUCUGGAAUCAGAGAAACCGUCUUCUGGCAAAAUGAAUCGUUGGAAGUAUCACCACGAAGUGACAGAUACUGUGGUCCAAACCGACACGGUAAAGAGUCCUCCUCCACAAAGUUCUCCCAUGUUCUCCGGUAACGCAUACAUGGUGGUCACAAGGGAGUUUGUCCAGCACAUUUUUGAAGAUCCAGUGGCCAAACAGUUCCUGGAGUGGUCCAAAGAUACUUACAGUCCAGAUGAGCAUCUCUGGGCCACCUUGCAAAGGAUGCCUGGCGUGCCAGGCUCCGUACCUUUCAAUGACAAAUUUGACCUCACGGACAUGAAUGCCAUUGCGAGGUUGGUGAAGUGGGCCUAUAGCGAAGGAGAUGUCACCAAGGGGGCUCCUUACCCACCUUGCACAGGUGUCUCUCAGAGGGCAGUAUGUGUCUAUGGAACAGGCGACCUCCACUGGAUGAUCAAUCAACACCACCUCUUGGCCAACAAGUUUGACCCCAGGGUGGAUGACUAUGCCAUACAGUGUCUGGAAGAAUAUCUGCGCCAUAAAGCGAUCUACGGAAAGGUUUUGUGA